AUGAUCUCUAAUGUCGUCUUCUACUUCUGCUUCUCUCUGAUCGGCCGACGCAGACGCAGACGCACCUUCAAUACGUUUCCUUUUCCCCCAGGCCCUAAGGCUCUCCCCCUUAUUGGGAAUCUCCAUCAACUCCCUCUCAAGAAGCCCUUCCUCUACUUCGCUCAACUGUCUAAAAUAUAUUCUUCGCCUAUCAUCGGCUUGCGGUUUGGCCGGCAGCCCGUGGUGGUACUCAACACCUGGCGCGCAGUGCACGAUCUUUUCGACCAGCGGGGCGCAAUCUACUCUUCGCGUCCCUACAUCCCGAUGGUCGACUACGUCGUCCCAGGCCCGUACCAUGUGGCCUUCAUGCCGCAUGGCCGAAAUUGGAGGCGAGGUCGAGCAGCGCUAGUUUCCUUCUUGAAAGACGAGGAGUUGGAAAAAAUAUUACCCAUUCAGCAAGCAGAAUCUACGCAAAUGGUCUUCGAGAUAUUGAAAGAACCAAAAGGGUUCGAGAAACAUGUUCUCCGUGCUUUUUGCGCCGUCAUUAUGGAAAGCGUGUAUGGUGUACGGGGCACGAGGGAGCUUACGGAUCGCUUCUUCGAAAUACAGGAUGAGUGGGCGGGAAUACUGGACAUGGGCGCGAUGCCGCCGCUGAGUGUAUUGCCGUGGUUGAAGUAUGUUCCGAGCGUGCUGACGCCGUGGCCUGGAUGGAGGAAACGCAGUGCCAAUGUCGGCGAGGCGCAAAGAGGGUUUUACCAAGAGUUGUUCGAACAGGGGAAAAAGAACAUUUGCGAGGGCAAAGCGAAAGAAAGCUUCUUAGCUAAUUUACUAAAGCGAAAAGAGAAGGAAGGCUUCACGGAUAUUGAGUUGGUAUAUAUUGCGGGGUUCUUAAUCGAGGCUGGGGCGGAUACGACAGCGGUAGCCUCGCUGAUUUUCAUCCUGGCGAUGGCUGCGAAUCCACACGUGCAGAAGAGGGGGCAGGAAGAAAUUGAUCGUGCGUUUGGAGACAAAUUGCCAGCCAAUAUUGAUGCGCCGCAAUUACCGUACCUUCAGGCUAUUUUAUGGGAAGUCCUUCGCUGGCGCCCGAGUUUUCCCUUGAGCAUUCCGCACGCUACAAGCAAAGACGACAUCUACGAGGGCUACUUUAUCCCAGCUGACGCCACAGUGUUGAUGAACACAUGGGCGAUACAUCAUAACGAAGAAGAUUAUCCCAAUGCGGACGUGUUCGAUCCUGCACGCUGGCUUGUGGACGACUCCAGCUCUACACUACAUGGGCACAGCGCUGACUCUGUUUUUCUUUCAACCGAUGAAGCUUCUCGCAGGCGAACGUAUGCGUUUGGUGCGGGAAGAAGAGUCUGCGCCGGCCAAGAGAUGGCGGAGAGGAGCUUGUUGUUGUCCAUGGCGAAGUUGCUUUGGGCGUUUGAUAUGCGGCCCGAGGCAGGAACGGUGUUAGACACAAAUGUUGAAACCGGAUUCAAAGAUGCAGUUCUGACGGGACCGAAGGAUUGUAAGAUCGAUUUCAAGAUUAGGAGCGACCCGAGGGAGGUUGCCAUUGGUAAAGGAUGGGAGCGCGCCAGCACUAUUCUCAGUAAAUUCGGAUGA